AUGAAGCAUUAUUACGACAAGGACAGACUUGUCCAAGACUUCAAGAUUGGCGGCAUGGUGCUACUAGACGGAAAGAAUUUUGAUAUCCAUCACAAGGGGUACGCACAGUCGAAGAAGUUAGCUCCGAGGUUCAUUGGACCUUUUCCGGUCCAGAAGAAGGUAUCUCAAGACUCGUAUGAGUUGGGAUUAUCAGAGAACCUAAAGUUGCAUCCAGUUUUCCAUACUUCACUGUUGAAACCGUACCGCAAAGAUCUAAAGCGCAGGCAGCAGGUGAACAAAGUUGUGUUAGCCGACGGAACUGAAGGGCAACUGGUCGAAGCCGCGAUAAACCACCGCAAGUACAAGGGCAAACCGCAGUACAAGAAUUGGUGGUUAGGCGAGACCAAAAAAGAGGCCACGUUGGAAACUGUUGAGAAGCUGAAACAGAUCCCUGGUCUCAUCGACCUCAAUUGA